AUGCUUGCUGGAGCAUUUUAUCUGUGUUUGGCCGCGUUGCCAACCUUCGCCGUUGCGAGCUCCGAAAGUUUCUCCCGGGGCGGCCGACUCCGCGCCUCCGUGGACGCCGCCGCCUUCGAGGCGGAGUUGCAGGCCGCUAUGGGUGGCGCCCUAGGUUGUGGUGGCGAGGUCGCCCCACAGAAACUGCGCCAGCUGGAGGCAGAGCUGGAUAGCACCUAUGCCACGCUGCCAAAGAAUGGCGCUGGCCGCAUCGACCGCCGCUCGCUGCGCUACCUCACUUACCGUCACUUCAGCCAGAAGUACGCUCUUGUCAUCCGGGGGUUCGAACCUUCCCGACCGAGCAAUGAGUCGCUUUGGGCUGCAGCGGAGGUUCUCAGCGAGAAGGUUCCCGGCUACGUCGAGAACGUGCUGAUGUCCCGGCACGCUGAGGAGCGUGGCUUCGACGUCCGAGACGCUGCACUGCUGAUCACCACCAUCGAGCAGCUGGUUUUCGACUCCGAGAGCGCUCUGCUGACGAAAGUCUACGAGGCGCAGCGAAAACCCCUGGCACGGUCGUUGGGCCGUCCGGGCAUCCAUCAAGUGCUCGAGGCCUACCUUGUGCACUGGCUGCUGGGCGCAGAUGAGGAUGGCAUCCAGAUGCUCCUCAACAGCGAGAGGCUCCGCAGGAAGACCUUCCCGCACUGGGAUGAGCUGGUCUCCUUCGUGCAUGGCCAGGUGAAGGCCUUGGAUUGGGAGAAGUCUCGCGACGCGAGUGGACUUUCAGCUGGAAAGUACAGCUUCGAGGACACUCACCAGAUUGUGGGUGGCAUUACACACUCCUUUGCCUCGUUUUGGGAAUCCGAGUGUAUCGAGAUGAAGGAUCAGCUGAUCGCCAUGGAUCCACAGCGGACGGGCCGUGUGCCCCUCUCCAAGUUCUAUGGAACCGGUCUUGAAGCCGAUUGGCGCUUCGCGGAGUCCGAGGCCUACCUGCGUGAGCUCGGUGCUUUGGAUGAGACGGGACGCGCCGGCAAGCAGGUGAUCAUCCCGAACUACAUCCAGGCAGCUUCGAACUGCAUCGUUGCCACGAACCACUACAUGGUCUGCUGCCAGAAUGACUGCAACCCUUUGCUGGCAGAGCUUGACCGAUCUCUCAGGAGCCCCACCGCCGAGCCCCAGAGGAUCCUGGCGGUCGUGCGCAACAUGACCUCCGGUAGUUCCAUCGAGGACGAGAUCGAUGUGCGUGUCGAUGCAGCGAUGGUGGCACAGCUUGAGGCGAUUGCGGCGAGCCACGGCGGAGAGGUUCCCAUUCAUGGACGCCUGUUCCUCCAGUGGCUUCACUACGUCUUCCCGCGGGAGUGCCCCUUCCCUCACAAGUCCGGUACCACCGUCCAUCGGGCGCCCUUGGAGUUCCAAGGCGAGUACGUGGCCUCACAGGAGACGAUGAAGGCCGAAGCGUCUUCUUUGCCAUCUGCUGAGCUGCCGACCUUGAAUGCCACGAACGGCACGGAGGUUGAGCUGCAGUGGAUGUCCCAGUGGAGCGAAGAGGAAGAGCUCAUGGCGGGCUACGAAGGCGCGGGCAAAGGCCGGUGGCGCGGCCUCUCCCGCCUGCUGGGUGCCGGCUGCUUCGGUGUGGCCAUGCUGCUAGGUGCAGUGCGCUUCAACCGCAAGUCCUCAGCCGAGGGCAUAGAGUCCGAAAUCCCACUGGACGUACAGCAUGAUAGUAAGUCCUUCAAUUUUUUCAAAGACUGCUACAGGCGACGCAGGGAGCUCAACAUUGAGCUUGCGCUGCCUGUGCACAUGAAGCCCGGGCCGGCUUCGAAGGCACCUUUCUGGAUGGUUGCAAAUGGGGACUUCUCAAAAGACUUGGCCAGUGUUUUGCAUGAAAAGUAUAGGCGGAAUCUUUCUCCAGAAGAGCUGAAGGUUCAGCUUCAGGAGUUCGACCCAUCCAAAGUCAAGAGCCGCGUGAUGAUCGUGGAGCGUCGCUACGCUGUGUCUUCGUGGGCCUUGCCUGGAUGCUCUUUGGCCUUGCUGUCCUGGCUCAGCUCCAAGGGGGUUUGGACCCUGAUCGGCAGUGAGGAUGAGACGUGUAGCAUCUGCACCGAGACGCCGCAGUUGGGCAUCCGGCUGUGUGCCGUCUGGGUGUGGGACAAGAAUGUGCGUUUGCACAUCACAGCGGUUAUUGCGUCCGUGGUUCUGAUCGGAGUGGGUAUGGUGCUCUCCAUUUACGCCACGCACGGCCCUCAGCUCUUCGAAGCUUCUGGAAGGCAGAGUCCAAAGAUGUGCCUCUAUCGCCCACGGAGCAAAAGUGCAGAGGCCAUUGCCGAGGAAGAGGCCCUCGCCAAGAAGAACUACCAGGCAUUAGCAGCCCGCCUCAAGAAGACUGAGGUCUUUUGUGUGGUUGCCAUGGCGAUGGUCUGGAGGGCGGCGCAGGCUUUUGAUGAUCGUUUGCGUCUUAUCUGUGGCAAUGACCCCUUCCGUUUGAGAAGGACUUAUGGCGACAGCGCCCGCAAAGAAGCAGAAGGCUUCAAGCUGAUCCAUGCAAUCUUUGAAAAGUCCUUGCUUGCACAUCGAUAUGAACUCCGGCGCUUGACGGGAUCGUCAAAGGCAGAUGCAUUACUCAUGCCCAAGGAUUCUGAGGGAAGCGGCUUGCCCAUACAGAUAAAAGCAUCCUCUAACUCCCGGAAGGGAGAGGGUAGGCGUUGCAGGUAUGAUUUCCACAAUGUGCUAGGCUAUGACGGCAUGCUUGUGCUCAUGGUGGCGCUAGAUUCUGGCUACGUAUGGGCAUGUUCAGGACAAUCGCUCAAGGUGCAAAAGCUGCAGGUUACGGUAGGAUGCAAGAGCGACACACAAAGACGCGUGUCGGACUUAGCAUCUCACCUGCUUCGUUCCUUUCAUGACACUCAGGAGUUUCAGCGUCUGUCCGUCCGUGAAGCGACCCUGGCCUGUGCACCUACCCACCAAGUCGAAGCAUUUGCACGCCUUCAGCUGGAACGGUUGUUCCAACAUGUGGGCAUGUGUUUGAAGAACCCGUUCAUACAUCAGACGACGGUUGAUUCGUUGUUGGCCUGGCAGCGUCCGGGCAGCUCCCCUGUGCUGUUGCGUGUUCAAGAGAAGGCAGCGAACAACUGGCGGGGUGAUGGGCGUUACGCUGUCGUUAUGUCAAAGCGUGGAGGUGUACUUGGACGCCUGGCCUAUUCUGAAGAUGACUUUGACCUACUGGCUGCCAGCGUGAUGAACGAGAACCAGCUCCAGGGCGUGUUUCUCAUUCCAAUGUCUGUGUUGGUCCAACGGGCGUUUGCAGUCACGAAGGCCACUCAGAUGAGCUUGCAUCCGCCUUGGAGCGCGCCAAAACGGAAGCCUACAAAAGACAAAUACGAUUGGCAAUUAGACUUUUUCCUUGAUCUCCGUGCAUGGCAGGGCUCCGAAGACUUGUCGCCAAUGCUUCAGGCAAGAUUGCGGCAUUUGGUUCUGCAGGCAUCUGCCGCGGCAGCGUGA